UACACAGAGAAACGCGACUGCAGCAGCAAACCAAAACUAACCAGCAACGAAAAAAGAUAACAACAAUACUCGCCACAUUAAACUGGAUAAUGCAGCGCAGCGUUCGACGUUGCAGCGCUGCCUACUGCCACAGAGAAGGCAGAAAGAGCAACAACAGCAACAGUAGCCGCACACAAACUUGGAUUAAAAUGCUUACGGUUGCGUUGCUGUUUCUGCUGGCGUCUGCUAAUUUUGGCGUCGUUCAUGCAACGGAAAUCACUCAAGCACUUUCAUGCACCAGCAUAGGCUGUAAGAACGGUGGCACCUGCAUCACACAGACCAAUGGAAAGUCCUACUGCUCUUGCGAAACACAUUACGUCGGCGAUUACUGCGAGCAUCGCAAUCCUUGUCUCACUGGCCAUGGACGCUGUCAGAACGGUGGCACUUGUAAGGUGGCCUUUCGCAAUGGUCGACCGACAAUCUCCUGCGUGUGUCCACUCGGCUUUGCCGAAUCUCUCUGCGAAAUAGCUGUGCCGAAUGUUUGCGAUAGCUCGCGUUGCUUUAACGGCGGCACCUGUCAUCUGAAGACGCUGCAGGAAUACACGUGUUCCUGUGCAAAUGGUUAUACGGGCAAACAUUGCGAGACACAAAAUCUCUGCGCCAGUUCUCCUUGUCGCAAUGGUGGCACUUGCUCUGCAUUGGCCGGGAGCAGCAGUUUCUCCUGCAAUUGUCCACCUGGCUUCACGGGCCAUACAUGCAACGACGAUGUCGAGGAAUGCCAGACAAAUCCAUGCAAGUACGGCGGUACCUGUGUGAAUACGCACGGCUCCUACCAAUGCAUGUGCCCGGCUGGGUUUACCGGAAAGGAUUGUGAUACUAAGUACAAGCCAUGCUCACCAUCUCCCUGCCAAAAUGGUGGCACAUGUCGUGCAAAUGGACUGACGUACGAUUGCAAGUGUCCAAAUGGCUUCGAAGGCAAAAACUGCGAAGAGAACAUCGACGAUUGUCCAGGGAACAUGUGCCAAAAUGGCGGCACUUGCGUGGACACUAUAAAUGCCUAUCGCUGUAAUUGUCCGCCUAGCUUUACGGGGCUCUAUUGUGAAGUGGAUGUGGAUGAGUGUGCCCUGCGUCCCUCCGUAUGCCAGAAUGGUGCCACGUGCACCAAUACGCACGGCUCCUAUUCCUGUAUCUGCGUCAAUGGUUGGACUGGAACCGAUUGCAGUGAGAACAUCGAUGACUGCCGACAGGCCGCAUGCUUUGAUGGUGCCACCUGCAUCGAUGGCGUUGGUUCAUUCUAUUGUCGUUGCACACCGGGCAAGACGGGUCUGCUCUGCCAUCUGGACGAUGCUUGCACCUCGAAUCCUUGUCACGCCGAUGCCAUAUGCGAUACUAGUCCCAUCAACGGCUCCUAUGCUUGCUCUUGCGCCACUGGUUACAAAGGUGGCGAUUGUUCGGAGGAUAUUGAUGAAUGUGAUUUAGGAUCACCAUGCGAACACAAUGGCAUUUGUGUGAAUACGCCAGGCUCUUUCAUGUGCAACUGUUCGCAAGGAUUUACAGGACCACGUUGCGAAACCAAUAUUAAUGAGUGUGAAUCACAUCCUUGCCAGAACGAGGGCAGCUGCCUAGAUGAUCCAGGAACUUUCCGUUGCGUUUGCAUGCCGGGCUUUACAGGCACCCAGUGCGAAAUAGACAUCGAUGAGUGUCAGUCGAGUCCGUGUCUCAAUGAUGGUGCCUGUCACGACAUGAUCAACGGCUUUAAAUGCUCCUGCGCCUUGGGCUUUGCCGGUGCCCGUUGUCAAAUCAAUAUUGAUGAUUGUCAAUCACAGCCUUGUCGUAACAAUGGGAUAUGCCACGACUCUAUAGCGGGCUAUACAUGUGAGUGUCCCCCAGGUUAUACGGGAGCAUCCUGUGAAAUCAAUAUUAAUGAUUGCGACUCAAAUCCCUGCCAUCGUGGAAAGUGCAUCGAUGGCGAUAACGCAUACAAAUGUGUAUGUGAUCCAGGGUUCACAGGUUCACUUUGCCAAAUACAAAUCAAUGAAUGCGAAUCAAAUCCAUGUCAAUUCGGUGGACGCUGCGUGGACCGUGUUGGUUUUUAUAUGUGCCACUGUCUGCCCGGAACUUCAGGCAAGAACUGCGAGAUCAAUGUUAACGAGUGCCACAGCAAUCCAUGCAACAAUGGCGCCACCUGUAUCGACGGGAUCAAUAAAUACACCUGCAAAUGUGUGCCCGGUUUCACAGGCGUCCAUUGUGAGAUCAACGUAAAUGAAUGCGCUUCCAACCCCUGUGCGAAUAAUGGCGUCUGUAUGGAUCUGGUCAAUGGCUACAAAUGCGAAUGUCCCAGAGGUUUUUACGAUGCGCGCUGCUUAAGCGAUGUGGAUGAAUGUGCCUCCAAUCCAUGCACAAACGAGGGACGCUGUGAGGAUGGAAUUAAUGAAUUCAUCUGCCACUGUCCACCGGGCUAUAGUGGCAAGCGUUGUGACGUAGAUAUUGAUGAAUGCAGCUCAAAUCCUUGUCAACAUGGUGGCAUUUGUUUCGAUCAGCUGAAUUCCUUUACGUGUCAAUGCAUGCCAGGCUAUACCGGCUACAAAUGUGAGACAAAUAUUGACGAUUGCGUGACAAAUCCAUGUGCAAAUGGUGGCACUUGCAUUGACAAGGUCAACGGGUACAAAUGCGUGUGCAAAGUUCCCUUCACCGGUCGCGAUUGCGAAAGCAAAUUGGAUCCCUGCUCCACAAAUCGUUGCCGCAAUGAUGCAAAAUGCACGCCUUCGCCGAAUUACUUGGACUUUUCGUGCAGUUGUAAACUUGGCUAUACGGGUCGUUAUUGCCACGAGGACAUAAACGAGUGUGAGCCAUCAACGCCGUGUAGAAAUGGGGCCACUUGCCUCAAUGUUCCCGGAUCGUAUCGUUGUCUGUGUGACAAAGGCUAUGAGGGACGUGACUGUGCUAUCAACACGGAUGAUUGUGCUUCAUUUCCUUGCCAGAAUGGUGGUACUUGUCUGGAUGGCAUUGGAGAUUAUCAGUGUCUAUGUGUUGAUGGCUUUGAUGGCAAGCACUGCGAGACGGACAUCAACGAAUGCAUGAGCAUGCCUUGCCAAAAUGGCGCUACAUGUCGGCAGUAUGUCAACUCAUAUACCUGCACAUGUCCCCUUGGAUUUUCUGGUAUCAAUUGCCAGACCAAUGACGAAGAUUGCACAGAAUCCUCUUGCAUGAAUGGUGGAACAUGUGUGGAUGGUAUCAAUGGGUACAACUGUUCCUGUCUACCUGGCUUCACAGGUUCCAAUUGUCAAUACAAGGUGAAUAAAUGUGACUCCUCGCCAUGUCAAAAUGGUGCUACUUGUCACGAGAGUCGCGAUGAGUAUACCUGCCAUUGUCCAACUGGUUAUACGGGCAAACAAUGCAAGGAAUAUGUAGAUUGGUGUGCUCAGUCUCCCUGUGAAAAUGGUGCCACCUGCUCCCAAGUGGGGCACCAAUAUAGCUGCAAAUGUAACUCCGGAUGGACUGGCAAACUGUGCGAUGUGGAAAUGGUUAGCUGUCAGGAUGCCGCCAUAAGAAAAGGCGUGAGCCUCAAACAACUUUGUAACAAUGGCACAUGUAAGACUCAUGGCAACAGUCACCUUUGCUACUGCUCCCAAGGCUAUACGGGCAGCUAUUGUCAACAAGAAAUCGACGAGUGUGAAUCACAGCCUUGCCAAAAUGGCGGCACUUGUCGCGAUCUGGUAGGCGCCUACAAGUGUGUAUGCCGCAACGGCUUUCAAGGACAGAACUGUGAGUUAAACAUUGACGACUGCUCUCCUAAUCCGUGCCAAAAUGGUGGAACUUGCCAUGAUCUGGUGCAAAACUUUAGCUGCUCUUGUCCGCCCGGAACACUAGGCAUAAUUUGCGAACUGAAUCAGGAUGAUUGCGUGCCUGGAGCUUGUCAUAACAAUGGAACCUGUAUUGAUCGUGUGGGUGGCUUGGAAUGCGCUUGUCCACCGGGAUUUGUGGGCUCUCGGUGUGAGGGUGACAUUAAUGAGUGUCUCUCCAACCCCUGUUCCAACGCCGGCACCUUAGAUUGUGUGCAACUUGUCAAUAACUAUCACUGCAACUGCAAGCCCGGUUACAUGGGACGUCAUUGCGAGAACAAGGUGGACUUCUGUGCUAACUCGCCAUGUGAAAAUGGUGGCGUUUGCUCUACAAAGCAGAGCGGACAUCAUUGCGUCUGUGCCGACGGUUUCUAUGGCAAGAACUGUGAGUUCAGCGGACAUGACUGCGAUUCAAAUCCCUGUCAGGCAGGCACUUGCAUUAUUGCCGAUGCCGGUGGCUAUCGCUGCAAGUGCCCACGUGGCACUGCGGGCGUCCACUGCGAACUGGACACAAUAGAUGAGUGUAAUCCCAAUCCUUGCUUACAAGGUGCUGCGUGCGACAAUUUACUGGGGGACUUUGAUUGUUUUUGUCCCAGCAAAUGGACCGGAAAACGUUGUGAAAUCUAUGAUCCAAAAUAUCCAGGAUGGGUUUCCGACACAAGUCGAAGUGCUUCAAAUAAAUAUGCCGCCGAUUUGGAGUAUCAACGUGAGUUAUGCAACAAGCGUAAUUGUGAACAGAAGAAAGGCAAUGGCGUUUGUGAUGUCGAAUGCAAUAAUUACGCCUGUAACUUCGAUGGAAAUGAUUGCUCGUUGGGUAUUAAUCCGUGGGCUAAUUGUACAGCACCCGAAUGCUGGCGUGUCUUCAUGGACGGGCAGUGCAAUAAGGAGUGUAACAACACGGGCUGUCUUUAUGACGGACGCGAUUGUGAGAAGAAACUGAACCGAUGUAAUGCCGUAUACGAUGCGUAUUGUCAGAAACACUAUGGAGAUGGAUUCUGUGAUUACGGAUGCAACAAUGCCGAAUGCGGUUGGGAUGGCCUAGACUGUGAGCAAAAGGAAGAGAGUCCAGUCCUAGCCGAUGGCGCCAUUUCUGUGGUCAUGCUUUUGGAUAUUCAGCAAUUUCGGGAACAACAAAUCGAAUUCUUGCGCGAAAUGAGCCACGUUCUUCGCACCAUAGUGCGUAUAAAGAAAGAUUCUAUGGGCAAUGAUAUGAUCUUUAUCUGGAAGGGUGCUUCACGUAUGCCAGAUAUUGAGGACACGGAAUUCGGACGCAAGCAUAAAAUACUUUUCACCGAACGCAAUGGACAGACGGGCAUACAAAUCUAUUUGGAAAUUGAUAAUCGCAAGUGCACCGAAUGCUUCAAUCGAGCCGCCGAAGCUGCAGAAUAUUUGGCCGCUACCGCAUCAAAACACACAUUCCCACAGAAAUUUCCCAUAUAUAGUGUACGUGGAGUACAGAGUCCUGGCGAAGAUCAACCCGACUCCCCGACAAAUCUGAAAUAUGUUAUCACGGGAAUAAUUUUAGGUGUCCUCCUUUUGGCCUUCUUUGGAAUGGUGGUGACCACGCAAAGGAAGCGAGCCCAUGGAGUCACUUGGUUCCCCGAAGGUUUCCGUACUCCAGCAAAUGCCAUAGCGCGCGGACAGAGACGCAGACGUGAUACCAAUGGGCAGGAAAUGCGUAAUCUGAAUAAACAGCCCUCGAUGGCGUGCAUGAGCAAUGAUGUAAAUAUGAAUUCGGGACACAUGGGUGGUCAUCAUGCCCCACAGUGGUCUGAUGAUGAGUCGGAUAUGCCGCAACCGAAACGCAUACGUAACGAACAUGGUGGGUAUGCAAGUGAUCAUACAAUGGUCACUGAAUACGAAGAGGCAGAUCAACGCGUAUGGUCCCAGGCACAUUUGGAUGUGGCAGAUGUGCGCUCAAUAAUGACGCCACCGGCGCAUCAGGAUGGCAAACAUGAUGUUGAUGCAAGAGGUCCUUGCGGUCUUACACCUUUAAUGAUUGCAGCCGUCCGUGGUGGUGGCCUAGAUACAGGCGAAGAUAUCGAGAAUACGGACGAUACUACGGCGCAAGUGAUUUCAGAUUUGUUGGCACAGGGCGCUGAAUUAAAUGCCACAAUGGAUAAGACUGGUGAGACCUCAUUACAUUUGGCCGCACGGUAUGCCCGAGCGGAUGCUGCAAAGCGACUUCUAGACGCUGGUGCCGACGCCAAUUGUCAGGAUAAUACAGGACGCACGCCAUUGCAUGCUGCAGUAGCCGCCGAUGCUAUGGGUGUAUUCCAAAUUUUGCUUCGCAAUCGUGCGACGAACCUGAACGCACGUAUGCACGAUGGCACAACGCCUCUGAUUCUUGCCGCCCGUCUGGCCAUAGAAGGCAUGGUCGAGGAUUUGAUAACGGCCGAUGCAGACAUCAACGCUGCCGACAAUUCGGGCAAAACCGCCCUGCAUUGGGCUGCUGCUGUCAAUAAUACUGAGGCCGUCAACAUAUUACUCAUGCAUCACGCCAAUCGUGAUGCACAAGAUGAUAAGGAUGAGACGCCUCUCUUCCUGGCAGCCCGCGAGGGAUCCUACGAGGCAUGUAAAGCACUCCUCGAUAACUUCGCCAAUCGUGAGAUAACCGAUCACAUGGAUCGUUUGCCCCGUGAUGUGGCCUCCGAACGUCUGCACCAUGACAUUGUCCGUUUGCUCGAUGAACAUGUUCCACGGUCCCCACAAAUGAUAACAAUGACUCCACAGGCCAUGAUUGGAUCACCACCACCUGGACAACAACCACAAAUGAUCACGCAGCCCACGGUGAUAGCAGCUGGCAAGCAGACAACACAGGCUGCCAAGAACAAGGCAGCCAAAAAAGCUAAACUGAUCGAGGGCAGCCCCGACAACGGGCUUAUCGAGGGCCAUGUGACUGCUGCCGGUGCUGGCAGCCUGCGUCGCAAGGCGAGCUCAAAAAAGGGCACCAAUGCAUCGAGCGGUGGCGGAACGGCGUCAAAAAAGGGUGUCAAUGGGCUGACUGCCGCUCAGCUGCUCAAUGGGUUGGCGCCAACGACGAACCCAACGACGGGUCAUGCGGCUCAUGGCGACAGUAGCAGCAAUCAGCUGUUGGAUGCCAGUACUUUAGAUUCUCCACCACCAACAACUACAGGCCUGAACAGUUUGCCCAGUCCCUAUGACACAACGUCCAUGUAUUCGAAUGCAAUGGCAGCGCCGCCGCAUCCGCAUGCUGGAGAACUGCUAGGCAGCAAUAGCACGGGCAACACACUCAGCAACAAUGGUAGCAAGCAGCCACCCACCUAUGAGGAUUGCAUCAAGAACGCGCAGUCAUUGCAAUCGCUGCCAGCAAACAGCCUGGACAUGAUAAAGCUGGAGAAUUAUGGUUACUCCAUGGGCUCGCCCUUUCACCAGGAACUGCUGAAUGGCCAAGCACUAGGAAUGACUGGACGCAACACACUUUGUGGUCUUGGUGGGCCGCCCAAUGGCACCAAUUUGUUGGGCGGCCACGAGCAGGGUCUGAGUCCGCCUUAUUCAAAUCAAUCGCCACCCCACUCGGUGCAAAGCAAUAUGGCGCUUUCACCGCACGCAUAUAUGGGCUCACCUUCGCCCGCGAAGUCACGACCCAGUCUGCCGACUUCGCCAACCCACAUGCAGGCGAUGCGUCACGCAACUCAUCAGAAGCAAUUCGGCAGCAACCUUAACAGUCUGCUGGGCGGUGGGAGCAACAGCACCAGCAUUGGGACGUCGAACGGUGGACCGCAAAGCAAUAGCAGUGCGGCGGGCUCAUCGCCCAACAGCCUGAGUUUUCAGUCUUCCAGCAGCCAGAGCUCGCCCGUGAGUCUUGGAAUUAUUUCGCCCACGGGAAGUGACAUGGGUGUUAUGAUGGCGCCCCAACAACAACAGCAGUCGCAGUCUAAUAACACAAAAAGCAGUGCAAUAAUGCAAUCGCUGACACAACAACAACAGCAGCAACAACAACAACAGCAGCAGCAACAACAACAAAUUGGAGGCCUUGAAUUUGGUUCAGCAGGCUUAGAUUUAAACGGAUUUUGUGGAUCUCCGGACUCAUUUCACUCGGGUCAAAUGAAUCCGCCCUCAAUACAAAGUACAAUGUCUGGAUCCUCACCGUCAACCAAUAUGCUAUCGCCCUCGUCACAACACAACCAGGCCUUCUAUCAGUACCUUACGCCGCCCAGUCAACAUUCAGGCGCACACACGCCUCAGCAUCUGGUGCAGACGCUGGACAGCUAUCCGACACCGUCGCCAGAGUCGCCCGGACAUUGGUCCUCGUCCUCGCCGCGCUCCACUUCUGACUGGUCAGAGGGCGUACAAUCGCCGGCAGCAAACAAUUUAUAUAUCUCUGGUGGUCAUCAGGCCAAUAAGGGCUCUGAGGCGAUCUAUAUUUGACAAAGGCGCGUAGGGGCGGCAGCAGCAGCAGCAGCGGCGGCGGCGGUGGCAUCGCUGCACAAGUCCUAGGAAGCUCCACAUGAAACUGGAAUUGCCGGAAAUGGGGCUGGGAUUAGAUUAUUUGAGUGUAGGGGCGCGUGAGUCUUUUUAAAAGGCCAAACGACCGUGUUAUGUAACUAUAAACCAGCCCACACACUUGUUUCGACUUAUAUGUAAAUGCUUACAAAAGUUAGCAUUCGAUUUAAAUUUUAAAAGACGACUUUUUUUUGCUUAGCCCUUAAAAACGUAAUAUUUUUAGUAACUUAAAUUAUUUAGAAUGUUUGUUGUACAGUGCGCGCUAAAAAUUAUACGAUAUAGACACGAAUGUAUCUAAUUUAUAUAUAAAUGACAUGAGUUAUUGCAAAACGCAAAACAAAACAUAUAUGAAGAAGAACUAAGAAGGACUAAUAUUUCCGGUAUUUUUUAUUAUUAUUUUCCAUUGGCUCCAGUAGCGCCUAUUAUUUUGAUUCGAUAUAAGCUAUUUGGCUAAUUUUCAUGUCCUUAGUUGUCUUCUAUGGCGCGAACGUCUAGCACAAAGGACAAAUAAUUAAAAGUAAAUAACAAUAAGUGGAAAGUGCAUAUGAUACACAUGCACACAUUAUGAUGCAACAUGCGACUACGUUUUAAUUAUGUAAUACAUAAUUUGUAUGAAUACCUUAAUGAUUGUCUAAUGAUUAGUAAUAGUUAUUAAAUGUUAGCUAUUAGUUUGGAAACUGAAGUGCUUAUAAACAAAAUUGUUAGCUAUAGUUGCAAACAUUUUUUUGAUUUUUUUUUUAAUAAUAAUUAUUAUUAAUAUGUUUACACACAUUACGCAUAAUUUGUAAAAAGAUUCUCAUAAUUGUUUGACUUAAGAAAAGAGCAUACACAACAAAUAAGGAAAGAUACGCAUAUAUAAGGAGAGACGAAUGCCAAGUGUUUUAUGUAAGCAAUUAAUUACAUUAAUUAUAUCUGCAUUUUGGGUCUGGCGGAAAAGCGCGUGACAGCGAAAUAUAUUUUGAAAAAUAUAAAUACUUAAAUGAAUCGAAAACCGCAUGAUUUGGUUUUGUAUUGGUACUGGUUAAUUAUUUUAAUGUGUGAACUGUAAAAUUUUGUUUUUAACACAAAACACUGAACGAAACAUGCCGCAUUUUUUCACAUAAAUAAAACUUGAAUAAUUAUUUUAAAGCAAA